GAGAUGUAGCUAAACUUGUUUUCAGUAAAAUGUAAAGUUAUGGUAAAAAUGCAGAUUUCCUACUGAAAAAAGUUACUUUUAUAUCUGCUGAGCUGCAAAAGCUUUUAGUAAACAGAACUUCACACCCUGACAUCAAAAUGGGAUUUUUUUCUUCUUUUUUAACAUCUUCAGAUUGGCUCGGCGGCGGCGCCACAGAGACUGGCGAGCUCCUCUCAGGAGCAGAUGUUCUUCCUGCAGGAAAUGACUCCACAGGAGACUUCUUCUCCAAUUCUUCACUUCUGGCUGCAGGAGAGAAUGACUUCCUGAUGAACACAACAGCAUCUAACCGCAGUGAUGCGGGUGAUGUCAUCACGCCAACACCAGGAGCGCCGUUUCUGCCGCCACAUGCUGGGGAGCUCGAUGAGGAGGUGGAGGACAUGACACACCUGAGUCUCAUCUCUACAGGUCUGAAUGAAACGGGUGUGGAGGAGGCGCUGGAGCCGGAGGAGCUGGAGGAGGAGCGGAUCGGUCCGAGUGCUUCUACUGUCGGUUCUGAUCCCGCCGCUCCCAUCGAGUCACCUCUGACCCCGGCUGAACCUCGGAUCAGCCCCAAGAUGAAAGCGUCUGCUCGCAAGAUCCACCCAGAGUCGUCUGAAGAAGAGGAGGAAGAGGAUGCUGCUGAUGUGAAGAAUCAGCAGGACACUUCUGAUGAAGGUGUUUCUCCAGCCUCCUCAUCUCCAACCAUCAACCCAACCACACAAAGACAACCAACCUUCAAGCAUACGUCUGAGGCCACGCCCAUCAGAAUCACCACGGGGGUCGCAGCGCCGGAGGCGGGGUCUGAGGAGCUGCAGGAGAACGCCACGGCUGCACCGGCAGAUGGGGGCGGGGCUCAGAAGAGGACGGUGCCAUUCUUCGCCUGGACCCUCCUGGACUCCGCAGGUCUAAUGGACGUGCAGCAGCCGGACGUCGGAGAGUGCAGCCUCUCCUUCGGCGUGUUGGGCGGCGAUGGGCAGAGCAGGAGGGAGAUGCCGGCGCUCGGGCAGAUGCUGCACUGCCUGACGGGGCGCUGUCCGCAGGAGUACGAGAUGUACGGCUGCUACUGCGGGCGGGAAGGGGCGGGGCAGCCUGUGGACCGCCUGGACAGGUGCUGCUUCUUCCAUCACUGCUGCCUGAAGCAGAUCAGCUCCAUGGGCUGCAGAGCGGAGAGAAGCCUCAACGCUCACGUGUCCUGCGAGGAGCACAAACCCCGCUGUCAGGGCGCCACGCUGUGCGACAAGCUGCAGUGUGUGUGUGACAAAACCACGGCCGAGUGCAUGGCGGGGGCUCACUUCCACCACAGGCCGACCCCGCAGCGGUGCCGGGGGCCCAGCCCCCCCUGCCGCCGGCCCAGCAGACCCCCCACACCUGUGCAGGAACCCCCAGAGUCCAGCGAGGAGCAGCAGCAGAGCACCAAGCCGGAUGAACCCACAAGUCCACCUGUGCAGCCCCACAGUGAUGAGAGCUCGGACCAAACAGAAGAAGUUGAAUUGUGGGACGAGGAAACUCCUCCUCUUUCCAGCAAGGAAAGCAGAGAACUGCCGGGUCCAGAUGGGAUUCAGACCCACAACCAAAGACCAGCAGAGGAGGAGGAAGAGGAGGAGGGGGAAGAGGAGGAAGAAGAAGAGGAGGAAGAAGAAUACUAGAGUCUCCCGGCUUUCAGCAGCC